GCUCGCCCAUCGUUUGCGACUCCCCUCCCUUCUUGUCUUGGUAUCGUAUUGCCGCAUCCAUCCUUUGCACCACCAUGAGUGAGGCCGAGAUCGCCGCCAAAGCCAUCACGUUCAUCGACCACACGACGCUCAACGACUCGGACACGGUGGAUAGCGUGACCAAGUUUGUCGAGGCGCGUCUGGACUGCAAGCCCGCACCGGCCGCCUUCUGCAUCUUCCCGCAGUUUGUCAAGGCCAUCAAACCCAUCCUCAAGGAGAAGGCGCCGCACAUCAAGCUGGCGUGCGUCGUCAACUUCCCCCUCGGGCAGGACGGGGUCGACAAAACCGUCAAGGACACCACACAGGUACGUCGGGAUGGGCACACAGAGGGUGGGAGGGCCGCGGGAUGGGCAGAUCUGGCUUGGGAACGUGUCGCAUGCGCGUUUUGUGUGGUGUGUGUUGGUAUGUGACAUGCAGGCUGUAGCUGACGGUGCGGACGAGAUAGACAUGGUGAUAGACUACAAGGAGUUUCGCGAGGACCCCGUGGGCAGCAAACCCAAAGUCACCGCACUCGUCAAAGCCGUGUGUGACGCGGCACAUGCCAAGGGUGUCGCCGUCAAGGGGAGAUAUAUGGGACACCUCACACACACCACACACAGAUAGAUCUACACAUCCCCUGCAUGUGUGUGUGUGUGUGUGUGUGUGUGUGUGGGCUGCGUGUGCAGGUGAUACUGGAGACCGGUGAGUUGAAGGACGCCUCGCAGAUCACGGCUGCGUGCGAGGCGGUGAUCGAGGCGGGCCCGGAGUUUCUCAAGACCAGCACGGGCAAGGUGCCCGUCAACGCCACGCCCGAAUCCGUCGAACUCCUCUUCAAAGCCGCCGCCAAAGCCAAGGUGCGAACGUCCUCCUAACACACAUGAACGGAUGGGUGCAUGGAUGUGUGGUUGUUGUGUUGUGUUGUGUUGCCCUGUUUGUCUGUGUGUGCACAGGAGGCCGGCAAGACGGUUGGCGUGAAGGUGGCUGGUGGCGUCAAGACGGUGGCUGACGCGCAGGCGUACAUCAAGAUGGGCGAUGACAUCAUGGGCCAGGGGUGGCUGACGCCCAAGACCUUCCGCUUCGGCUCCUCCGGACUCCUCCCCGUCUGCCUCGGCGCCAUCGAGGGCAAGGCAGUCGCCGCCGGCGCCGGAUACUAACUCAAAGAUAGAACAGAUAGAUAUACCAACACCACACACAUGCAAAACACGCACAUUGCUUGCAUACAGAUGGAUGGGUAGCAAAGGGAAAGGGGACGCGGGGAGAGGGGGAUGGUAGGUAGGUGUGCCGAUUCCUGCUUUGCCUAGGGGAUAGGGAUGUUAUGUUAUGUUGGACGGGACGGGUAGGUAUUGCUGGUAUGGCAUUUGCUGGCUGUUUUGCGCAGACGUACUGCUUGCAUUCACCGAUGUGAUGACGUGUGUGUGUUGUGUUGUGUGGUGUGGUGUGGUGUGCUAUGGCCUGGCUGUGGGAGGCGGGUUAGCCAGGUAGCCACGAAUGGCCGACUUCCUAGGACCUGAUGAACCGACACACGCACCACACAGACACGCAGGCACACAAGAUGCCUUUCCCCUUGGCUGUGCAUCCGUGCAGCAGAAGACGAACACAUCCCCCUCGCUGGUUGUGUAUACGCACUCUGGCAUUUCCACGAAGGCAUUGCCUGCUGCCUGCUGCUUCCUUAUGGUAGAUAUAGAUGAGAAAGAGAGGUUCCAACACAGAAAAAGAGAGAGAGAGAGAGAUGAACUGCACCGCCGACCACCCGACGUAUCUCUCGUUUUCCCUGGUGAUACAGGAGAGAUGGACACAUACAUACACUCAAUUGCAUGCACUCAAUUGCAUGCGCUUCCGUCUGCCUACUUGUAUAUACGAUGUACGUACAUGUGCUAUGUAUCGAUACAUACUUGUGCCUCAUGUAUCCACCGCUUGGCGUUGCUGAUGGAUUGAUCUUGAUGCUUCUCUGGUUUUGUGUGUGGCAAGUGAAUGGAUGGAUGGACGGAUGGGCGCUGAUGGGAUGGAUCUGCAUUGGUGACGUUUUCUACGCACGUAGCGAAUGAAUGGACGAACGAGCGUCACGGAAAUGCACUGGGGGCGAGAUUUUCGCGUUGAGACUGAGACG